UGUUUCUCUCACCACGUUACUCGCUCUUGACGAGCGACCCCGUGAGUGUAUCUUAGGCCGCUGCCGUCUGAUCAAAUGCAGUGUGUGCCUCACGUCGAGCGGUUCGAAUACGUUCAAUCACACGUAGCGACUGAGCUGCAAACAAGAGGCGCUCUGUGCAGUAGAAACGGAUGGGCAACGAGUAACCACCAAAUAAUCCCUGAAGCAUUCGCAAACACGGCAAGAAACUCUGUGUGAGUGUGCGUGAGCGACAGCGAGGGGCCUCUGGAGGAGCGGCGAGACAGCGCACAGCCCACAGCAACGCUUCAGCGUCCACCCAACGCAACGACCACUGCAUCUGUUGAGAGCCCCCAGCACUGACAGCCAACGGAGACACAGGUCGAGCGGGAGCUCGUCAGGCCCGGGGGCAGCAGAAGCUCUUCAGCAUGGAUGUUGACGAGGAGGAGAACAUGAGUUCGUGCAGCACCGACGUAAAGGAAAACCGCAACCUGGACAACGUCUCCUCCAAGGAGGGGGCCGCCGUGGCCGAGCAGCUCCCCAACGGCGGCGCAGGCGGGGGCAGCCGCAAGCGGCCCCUGGAGGAGGGCAAUAAUGGCCACGCCCACUCCAAGUUCAGGCCCAAGAAGCGCAAGAAAACGCCGGGGCCCGUGCUGCCCAAGAACGCGCUGAUGCAGCUGAACGAGAUCAAGCCGGGCCUGCAGUACAAGCUGCUGUCGCAGACGGGCCCCGUGCACGCGCCGGUCUUCGUCAUGACCGUGGAGGUCAACGGGCAGCAGUUCGAGGGCUCAGGCCCCACCAAGAAGAAGGCCAAGCUGAACGCGGCCGAGAAGGCGCUGCGCUCGUUCGUGCAGUUCCCCAACGCCUCGGAGGCGCACCUGGCCAUGGGCCGCACGCUCACGGUCAACACGGACUUCACCUCGGACCAGGCCGACUUCCCCGACAUGCUCUUCAACGGCUUCGAGACCCCUGCGCCACCGGAGGACUCCUUCUACCUGGGCUCCAACGGCAACGGCUCGCUGGGUGGGCUGGGCGAGUACCCCAUGCCACAGUCCGGUGCGGGCACCAACAGUCUGGCGCAGGCGCCGCUGCCACCCCCCUCCAGCUUCAGCUCGCCCUCCAGCGGCAAGAACCCCGUCAUGAUCCUCAACGAGCUGCGGCCGGGCCUCAAGUACGAGUUUGUCUCGGAGAGCGGCGAGAGCCACGCAAAGAACUUUGUCAUGUCCGUCACGGUGGACGCGCAGACAUUUGAGGGUUCGGGCCGCAACAAGAAGCUGGCCAAAGCCCGGGCGGCUCAGGCUGCCCUCUCUGCCCUCUUCAACAUGCAGCUGGACCAGACACCUUCCCGCCAGCCCAUCCCCAGAGAGGGUCUCCAGCUGCACCUCCCACAGGUUCUAGCCGACGCAGUCUCCCGUCUGGUGGUGGACAAGUUCAGUGAGCUGACAGACAACUUCACAUCCCCCCACGCACGGCGGAAAGUUCUGGCAGGGGUCGUCAUGACAACAGGCACUGAUGUGAAAGAGGCCCAGGUGAUCUGCGUCUCCACGGGGACCAAGUGUAUAAACGGCGAGUACAUGAGUGACCGCGGCCUGGCGCUUAACGACUGCCACGCUGAGAUCAUCGCCCGCCGCUCGCUCAUCCGCUACCUUUACACACAGCUGGAGUUCUUCCUCUGUGCCAGUAAAGAGGACCAGCAGAAGUCCAUCUUCACGCGGUGUGACAAGCACGGCUACAGACUGAAGGACAACGUGCAGUUCCACCUCUACAUCAGCACCUCGCCCUGCGGAGACGCCCGCAUCUUCUCCCCUCACGAGGCCGGGGUCGAGGACCAAGGGGACCGGCACCCCAACCGCAAGGCCCGAGGGCAGCUGCGCACCAAGAUCGAGUCAGGAGAGGGCACCAUUCCUGUGCGCUCCAGCAACACCAUCCAGACGUGGGACGGUGUCCUUCAGGGUGAGAGGCUGCUCACCAUGUCCUGCAGCGACAAGAUAGCCAGGUGGAACGUGGUGGGGAUCCAGGGCUCUCUGAUGAGCUACUUCUCCGAGCCCAUCUACUUCUCCAGCAUCAUCCUGGGCAGCCUGUACCACGCAGACCACCUGUCACGCGCCAUGUACCAGCGCAUCGCCGACAUCGAGGACCUGCCACAGCAGUUCACCCUCAACCGGCCUCUCCUCAGCGGCAUCAGUAAUGCUGAGGCUCGGCAACCAGGGAAGGCCCCCAACUUCAGCGUGAACUGGACAGUGGGGGACCAGGCCUUAGAGGUGAUCAACGCCACCACGGGCAAGGAUGACAUGGGCCGACCCUCUCGCCUUUGCAAACAUGCCCUCUACAGUCGCUGGAUGAGGCUCUACAAUAAGCUGCUGGCGACGCUACGGAUCAAAGUGUCCAAGCCCAGCUCGUACCACGACGCUAAGCAGGCAGUAGAGGAGUACCACGCAGCCAAGCAGGCGCUCAUCAAAGCCUUCCACAAAGCGGGUCUGGGGGCCUGGGUGAAAAAGCCCAUAGAACAGGACCAGUUCUCCCUCAACUCCUGAAGUGGAGCGCGGGCUUCAUCAGGGGAGCGGGGAAGAGACCUGAACGCAACCAGCUGUCGAGACUUUUGCUUGAUCUGUGUCUACGUUUGUGUGCGCGAGUGCGUGUGACUACUUGUGUGUACGUGUCCCACCCGACCACGACCAACCGUCCGUAUCACUUCUCACUCUUCGCACCGGUGAUGUCGUCAUCUAACCCCCUACCCACCCUUUUUUAUUUUUAAAUCUAUGAUGUCGGUCGAUUUUUAUUUAAAAGAACAGAUGAUUUAGGUUUUAAAUGAAUGACUUUCAACAGGGAGUUUCACUCAUGUACAACUGGAAUUUAUGGCCCUGCCUUGGGCAACAAUGUUUCUGUGUUUAUUGUUUUGUUUUGUUGUUUUAUACUUUGAGAUGUUCAUAUUGUGAAACAAACGGUAAAAAGACAGAAAAAAACACAACAGGACGAGUAUCCGAUACUUCAGAAACUACCAAGAAACACACUGGUGCCAACCAUGUGCCCAUCACAACAACUGGGUCUGCUCGGACCCAUGGCUGUGGGCAGCUGAGGCUGUGCUUAUUGGUGUUGAGUCCAUGUUCCAGCCUUCUCAAGUCACAUCAGGUUCACAAUGAAGACAAACAGGAAAAAAAACAACCUCAUUAUGUCGACUCCGCAUACUGCUGUCACCUGGGUAAUUUUCUAUGCUUACAGAUUUCAGAGAAUUUCUUAUGGCAUGUUUUCUUUUUUUACAGAACAAAAAAAGAUCCCUUCUGUGCUAUCCUCUCUCCCUUCUUUAAUGGUUUCCUUACAGCUGAUCUGAUGUAGCAUACCUUUGAGAUCUGGUGAACACUUCUACUGUUGUCUAUGUGAUUUGUUCAUUUGCAUUCAUUUAAUGUUAAGUGGGAGAGGUUAUAGGGAAACUCAGAAAUCAAUUCUUCCCUUUAAAACCACUCGGUCUAAAACCGUUGGAAAAUAAUCACAGUGACUACAUUUCUCAUGAUUAUUUGACUUUUAAUGGUUAAUAUACUGAAGAGGUGACUAAAAGUGUUGCGAUCUGGUGUAAUCGUCACUGUGUCAAAACAGAUGCAACUGAAGUGAAUUGCUCUCAUUUUAGAAAACAAAGGAAAGUAGGAAAAAAGUUACACCGUGCUUUCAGCUCCAAAAAUGUCAGAUGCAUGUUUCUUGUAUUGUGGAGCAGCUUUUUUUCUUUGUAAGGCAUUGCUCACUCUCUUACCCGGGAGGUUUACUUAUAGCAUCAUGUAAAUGGACGAAAAUGUCUAGAUUAAAAACACAGCAAGUGUCUAGUUUUGUUGACACAAAGCUAUGAACUUACUUUAAGAUGCACGACACCUUGUUUUCUUUUUUGUUUUAAUAAGAGGUCUCCCUUAAAUAGCCACCCCUGCUAACAUAUUGUGUGUAUUUUCCUACGUUGUAGACAUUUGUUUGUCAUUUAACACGUGGCAAGCUUGAGAACAGGGCAUUCUGGUGUGUGGAGAAGGCAGUCCCUUCUCAGAUGAAUGUGUGAGUUUGUAAGUGAUGCAUGUUUCUUGUUGACUAAAGCCAUCUCUUUGCAUGGGAGAAGUUUUAAGAUUAGGGUGGGAUUCGGGAAAGGGGAGGGAGGGAGUUAUUUAAUUUUAACAACAAAAAAAAAACUAUGGCUUGCUUUUGAAGAUUUUCCUUUUAAAGGAUUUUAAUGCCAGCAUUCUUCUGCACAGGCAGGCUCAUCUCCAUGUCCUCUGUUGUGUUUAUCUGAGCAUUGCGCUGGGAAGAACAGGUGCACAGCCACUUGUGAAUCCAUCUCCAUCCAUCCGUCAUACUCCCAGUGUGCUAAUCUCUUAACAUCCAAAUGAUCACGGAUGCCACUGGGGGAUGAUAUUUUACCAUCAAUGUUUCCUUUAACAUACUUUCUUAUCUUACUGAGGAAAAGUGAGGUGGAUAUGACUUGAUAUUUUGGUACAAAACUGCAGUAGACCCCAGCAGUAUGUUGCAGCAAGAAUGGUCUGAGCCAUGCCCUGUCUUGAUCAUGUGUAUGUGUAUGUGCACGUGUGUGUGUGUGUGUGUGUGUGUGUGUGUGAGUCCAUCUGGGUGCACCUGCUGCUGAGCCCAAUAGACUCUCUGUAGAGACGUCAUGGCAACAUGACUUUGGAGAUUGCUGUUGAAUCUUCACCAAAGAUGAUGUCAUUAUUUUUCCAUGCAGGGAGAGUGCUUUGUCUUUGUGUGCAAAAGGAAAUGAGAGUGUUAUUUUUUAAGAUCAUGGGUAACCGAUGUAAUGAUUGAUAGGUUUGUAUUACAGUAUGUUGUCAUUGACAUUUUUUUGUAUGUGCAUUCACAUGUAGGCUUUUAAUUUGUACAAAUUAACUCCAUUCAAUUCCAGCUUGAAGGUGGAAUCUGUUGUUCUGUUGCUUCAAUAUUUCUGAACCUGUCAAUUUACACUUGUAAAUAUUGUGAGCCUAGCUGAAACUGUCUUGAUGAAUAUUCUGCAUACAUUGUAAUCAGUGGUACAGUAGAAAACCAGGCUUCCCGUGAGAUCAUCAUGACCCUGGACAUUUCCAACUCUCAAUCAGUUUGUUUUAAUCACCUCUUGGGUGAAGAAACCUGCUGUCAUUUGAACCUCUUCAUUUAUCCACAUUUUGUUUAGAUUUGGGUUUUUUCUAAACACCUCUAAAUGGCCUGCUUUCCCAAAGAGAGGACGUGCUCUCCAUGAAGUAGCGCAGCAUACUGUUUAACUGCCACAUCCCACUGGUGAUGGCUGCCAGAGGCCGUGCCCUUGUGCGUGUGACCCCUGCGGGGGCCCGGCCCUGUGUGGCCACGUGCUGCGCUGCGCUGCGGGCCCGGUGAUGGAUGAGCGUGCUGGGCUGCAGCGUGGCUCCGAGGGCCUGGAGCUUUUUUUCCUGGAGGGCGGGAACAGGGUGGCUUGACCUGGCCUUCCUCCCGUCCAGCUCCACUCCGUCCUGAGAUGAUGAAGGAUGAUGGGGGGGACGAGGUCACCCCACAAAACCAGUCCAGACACGCAGCUCCGCAAACGUCCAAGAGCACUGCGCUCCCUCCUUUACAAAUGUUCUACUCCCCGUUGUGAAGCCAUUUUUAGAGCAGCUUCUUGUUGUAUUUUUGUGCUUUUGUUUUGGUUCUGUUUUUAAUGCUCUCCACCCAUUACCUUUGCUCAUUCCAUAUGAACAGAUGAUCGUCAGUGAGCUACAUUUCCAAUGCUCGCUUGCUUCCAUCAUUUUCUUUGACUGCACAAGAUGUCAAUGGAUGAUGUCAUGACUACAGACCACGUGCUAUGUGGCGUGGGACUUGUAAAACAGAGUUAUUUUAUUAUUAUUUCUUCUGGUGCCGAGCUACUUUCCAGCCAAGAGUCCAGACUUCUGUCUUAGUGAUCUUGUCCUGGUCCCGCCAGUCCUUCUGACCAUGUUGUAAUUUAGUAACUGUACUGUGGGACGUGGUCAUGAUCUAGCUUCACCGCUGGGUCAACACUCUCUCUCUCCAACUCUUUCUCUCUCCUUCUCCCUCUCGCUCUCCCACCUCUUUCUCUCUCUCUCUCUAUCUCUCUCUCUCCAUUCCCCGUAUCUCAAAGUCAGUCCUUUCCCCCACUCUUUCUCCCCCCCUCUCUCUCUUUCUCUUGGUCCUCUGUAAUGUUCACAAAAUUGGCCACCUGCAUGAUCUCCCACACUGAAGCUGCACCCAGCAUGACGACAUACUUUUAAAGGACUUGUAUGUAGAAAAUGGGAAAAUAGAUCUAUAUAUAUACAAAUGAACAAAAAGAAAUAAAUGAGAUCUUAGUUUA